AUGGUCGAGGAUUAUGGCGCUGAGCUCCGGAGAGAACUGCGAGAUGCUGCCACCGCUGAGGAAUUGACAAGGUUGAUUGACAAGGCUGCGUGGGCAGGAUACAAGCACGAGGCUGAGAUGGGCAUGCGUAAGUUGCUGAAAUUAAAUUGA